AUGGGGGUUGGCACCACCACGAUUCGAUUGAGUUGUGGACUGGCGAAUGCAGUGAUCGACAAGACACUUCAUGAGAUGGAGGCACAGGUCUGGCAGAACUUCACGAACUUUUUGUGGAACCAUAUGGAAUUCGUUGACGAUGACAUCCAAAACAUUCUUGCGACCAUGGUGACAGUUGGAACAACAGAUACACUAUUCUCAUAUUUAUUGAUUCACGUUAUCAUCGUCGCGACACUUCUCAGUUACUGCAAUAACAAAAAGAAGAUUCCACUAAACAGUGACAUGUCUGAAGGAACAGAUCGUCCACCAGGAGGAGGCAAUGAAUCAAUUCAUUUCACACCACCACAUAUCGGUACAGCAGCACCAGGGCCAUCAGUACUCCGUCAUAAACCGACAUGUCCGGUGCAUUGCCAAUUCAGCGAGGAUGAAUCAACGGCAUUCGUAGAUUCUGCACCUUCCUCUGAUAUUGAAAUGGAUUCAACUCAAUCAAUGUCUCUUCCAUCUUCUCGUUUUUCAAAUAAUCAGUGCACCUGUUUUUGUGCACAGAAACGUGUUAGAUUCCAGUGUCCAAACACUAAUUCAAAGAGCCAGAGAGCCGUGAAGAAAUACUGGUACUCAGAUGGACCAUUUGACAUGAAAUACUGCUCUCCUGUAAGAACAUUUAGUAAAAAACUCAAUUUUUGGUUUGUGUACCGUAGUCAAUCGACACCGCCUUCUGAACCUCCUGGAACAACAAUGGUGUCAAAUGGGGAUCAACAUGAAGUGGAUGCAGUUUGA